UUCGCCUUUUCGAAGAUGGCCUUCCUCGACGGUCUCCUGACGCGCGCUAGCAAGUUCGGCAAGAGCCACGGCCUUCGCCCGCUCACGUCCAAGCGCGCCAACCGUCGGUUCUACAAGGGUAAGGGCUGCCGCAACGAAGGCGUCCACGCCAAGCUCGGCGGCUAUCGCAUGGACCUCACCAAGAUGCUCGAGCUCGAAGUGCCGGACCUCACGGGCUUCAAGCUCAAGCCGUACGUCUCGCCGCUUGUCUCGCGCGUGCCUCCGUCGGCGUCGUCGUAAGUCGAAAUGAAGCCUAGUAUAUAGAGAAACCUUGAAAAGACCGUGAGUAAGGCCCCAAAUCCACUGGUGCUUCUCGCGUCUCCUGCCUGGCACUGAUCCUGGUCACGUCGUCAUACGCAAUUCGAUUCGACUAGACUACGCUGCAUAUUGUAUUGUCGGGUCGUCGAUUGC